AUGGGUAUAUUUAAAUCCGAAUUACCUGAUCUAAUUAUUCCAAAUGUUAACCUUUAUCAUCAUGUAAUCAGCAAUCCUAACUCAAUUCCUGACACUAAACCAAUCUACAUUGAUGGAUUAACCAAUAAAAAAGUUCUGGCAAUUGUUUCUCCAAAUCACAUACAUUAUCCCAUUGCAUUAUUAGGAACAAUUGCAUUUGGUGGAACUGUUACAACAGCCAAUCCUGAUUAUACAGUUGAUGAAUUAACAUAUCAAUUAACCGAUUCCAAAGCAUCAAAUCAUUCUGCAAACAAUGUAAAAAUACCAACUUCCAAGAUCUUUGUAUUUGAUGAAAAUGAAGAUCUCGAUCAUGGCAUUAGAACAUUCAUCAGUCUAUUCAAGGAUGAUGAUGAUGAUUCAGCAAUUAUUCAUUAUACAACUGAUGAGGAAGUCAAAUCAACUGUUGCUUAUUUGUGUUAUAGCUCUGGCACAACUGGCAGACAAAAAGGUGUUGAGACCACACAUUAUAAUAUGGUUGCUAACAUUGAACAAGUUUAUCAUUUUGAGAAAUUUACUCCUGAUCUUGCAUUCUUGGGAGUAUUGCCAUUAUACCAUAUGUUUGCAUUGCAUUUUAUUAUUCAUCAAGCACUUUAUAGUGGAGCAUCAGCAAUAAUUUUAUCAAAAUUUGAUAUAGAUUCAUUUUGUCAUGCAAUACAAGAUCAUAAAAUAAAUAUUAUAUAUGUAGUUCCACCAAUUGUGCUUAAACUGGUUAAAGAUCCAGCUGUUGACAAUUAUGAUUUAACAAGUUUGAAAUUUUUAUUCUGUGCUGCUGCUCCAUUAAGUGAAGAGUUGAGUAAUAUGUUCAUCAACAAAUUUGGUACACCUCUUAAGCAAGGUUAUGGACUUACUGAAACUACACCAAUCAUUACAAUGGAUAGGACUGAUGAUAUCACAAUUGGAUCAUCUGGAAUUCUUAUAGCAAAUAUAGAAGCAAAAAUUAUUGAUGAAAGUGGAAAAGAACUUGGGAUUAAUGAACAAGGUGAACUAUGUGUUCGUGGUCCAAACAUUAUGAAGGGUUAUCUUAAUAAUAAACAGGCCACUAAAGAAUGUAUUGGUAAAGAUGGAUUUUUCCGUACUGGAGAUGUUGCUUUUAUUAAUGAAAAUGGGAAAAUUUUUUUGGUUGAUCAUAUAAAAGAACUUAUCAAAUAUAAGGGCUCUCAAGUUGCACCUGCAGAACUUGAAUCAGUCCUACUUACAAAUCCCAUCAUUUCCGAUGCAGCUGUAGUUGGUAUAUAUUCAGAACAAGAUGCAACGGAAUUACCAGUUGCCUACAUUCAGGAAGAAACUAAAUGUUCAAUACCCAAAUUGUCACAUGUUAGUUCUGGUAGAAUAGCUAACAUAGCUGAAGCACUCCAUACGAAUGUAACUUCUACCAUUGAAGCGGGAACGAGAUGCCAUAGUUAUAUAACUGAUUGUAAUGGUCAUGUUUUAGUGGACGAUGGAAUGAAAGAUUGCUCCACUGACUAUGGAUUUUGUAGAGUAUCGAGUCAUGAUUUACCAGACGGCACGACAUAUUGUACUCACAUGAUAGUUCAGGGUCACAUCGGGGGUAAUAAUCGAUACAUCGAAGCCAGUGACACUGCAUGUUUUCAUCUUCAUGGCAAUGUUUUUCAUUGGACUUUUGAUCAAAUAGAUUGUCAUCAUUAUUGUUAUCCUGACCCUAAAUUAAAGCAGGAAGAAACUAAAUGUUCAAUACCCAAAUUGUCACAUGUUAGUUCUGGUAGAAAGACAAAUGCGUGUGAUCAGUACACCGCAUUGCAAACUUAUGGAAAAAUUGAUUUUGAUUGUUCAAAAGAAUUGGAUAAUAUUUUUAAUUAUUUUAAUGACAGUAAUACUACACCAUUAAAUUUAACUGACGAAGAUAUUUCUACUGGAAAAUUAUCAUUGCGUGCUAUGAAAACUUAUUAUUUUGGCCUUCCGAAAAAUUAUUUUUAUUGUACCAAAAAUGAGGCUGGAGGAUAUUGUAAAGUAGAUGAAUAUUAUAAAUACCAAAACAACACCAAUACACAUACAUACAAUCAUCAUCGCUACGGUAAUAAUAACAAUAAUCUAACAGAAUUAUGUGACUAUUGUACAAACACAACUAUUCAAAAUAUCGAACAAUACUACAUUACCAAUCCACCAACAACCAGUCAUCUUAAACAAAUUGUUGGUGACGAUUUCGAAAAUGGUCCUGAGAUUCCAAGUGAUCGCUGCCCUCAAAACACAUCUAAUAUUACUAGUUCUAGUAGUUCUAGUUAUACUAGUGAUGCUGGUAUCAAACUCAAAAAUUUUAAAGAGAUUUAUUUGAAUUUUGGUAUUUUGAUGAUUUUGGUUUUUACAGGAAUUAAUUUUUUGAAUUAA